UUGAUUAAUCGAUAAAUGUAUUUAUCGAUUAUUUGCUUAUAAAUGUUUUUUAAACAUAACACAACAUUUAUUUAAUUAAAUAAGAUACGUACCACUAAAAUUGUUGGUAUACUAUUACUUUAUAAGCCUAGAAAUUACAUAAAUCUUAUUGGAAAACACAAAAAAAUGGAUGAAGACGAUGAUGUGCCGAGGCUGUCUGCAGAAACAUUUGCAGCUCUUCAAGAGUUCUAUGCAGAGCAGACAAAAAGAGAGGAAAUUCUGAGUAAACUAGAAGCUGACAAUAAGUUGGGCGAGAAAAUAAUUUUUGAGGAAAAUUGGCAACUAAGUCAGUUUUGGUAUGAUGAGGCGACAGUGCGAACCCUAGUGAAGGUGAUUGACAGGGUCCUGCCUGAUGGAGGCAAAGUGGCCCUCAUAUCCUGUCCCACAUUGUUUGUGCCACUCAAGAGACAAAUUGGACACAGAGCAUCAGUUACUCUCUUCGAAUUUGACAGACGAUUUGAAGUGCAUGCACCUGAUUUUAUAUUCUACGACUACAAUCAUCCGGACAAGUUGCCACCAGACAUAGAGGGUAGUUACAACUUAGUUGUAGCUGACCCACCAUUCCUAUCAGAAGAAUGUGUUACAAAAACAUCGCAGACCAUUAAACUACUGACAAAGGAGAAAAUAGUGUUUUGUACAGGAGCAAUUAUGAAAGAAUUAGUGGAGAAAUUUUUAGAUUUAAAAUGUUGCCAGUUCCAACCACAUCAUAGAAACAAUCUCGCUAAUGAGUUUUCAUGUUAUGCUAAUUUUGAAUUAGAUGCCUUAGUUUGAUUAUGUGGAUUUUUUCAGGAUAAAAAGGCAUUUAAUUAACUGCUAUACAGAGUGCAUUGACCACUGAGUCUCAGCAUUGAUUGUAUGAGAUAUCUUGACAAAUAUUUUUUUUUCCAUAAGGUGUUUUGUGACAUUGUUUUAAAAUAGGAGACUAUGUUAAGUAUAA